GGGGCUGGGGCGGCUGUGGCGGCGCCUGGCAGGCUCCGCCAGCCCCCUGGGAGCGGGGGAUGGGCUCCGGGCGCGGAGAAACUCCCUCAACAUCCAUCUCCAUCUUCCCAUUCACUGGAGGGCAAGACAAAAGCGGAGUGGAGACUUGGCAGCGGCGACCGGCAGCUCCUCAGCUGCCCGUGGCACGCAUGGCUCGCCGAGGAGGGGCCGCCUCCCGCGCGCCCUCCCUCCUGCCACCCUUCACCCGCGCUCCCCGCAGCUCAGCUCGCCUGCUCGGCUCCGGCCCUGGCGGCGUCUGGGCCGGGGAGCGCGAGGAGCGGGUGGCCGCGUGUCCUUGGAGCGCUGGCCUUCAGGCGCCCCCGGCAGUCCCGCUAAGCAGAGCGCAUCCCGGCGGCGGCGGCGGCGCCUCCCGGCCGCGCUCCCAGCCUCAGGGCCGCUUGGGGACUUGCUCUCCAGCCCGGCCCACGCUCCGAGCCGCUUUCCGGCGUCUCUUGGGGCCCCUCGGCGUUUCCCCUCCCUACCAACCUUCUGAACAAAGUUGCUGGAAGAACAAACCUGGUCGCCAGGAUUUGCCCGGCGAAACUGGCAAGAAUAGGGACUGUCAGGUGCAAGUGAAAUCUACCGUCCCCGCCCGCUGACCAAGCGCCGACCCCUCAGCCUUAUCCCCUCCCCAACGCAAAGGAGCCAAGGAAAGGAGGGAUCUCCGACCUGUGCGAGGUGGUGGCGGCGAGGACUAGAAAGAGAGGAGCGUGCGGAGAGCUGGUGCGCCCACCCCCAACCCCAGGUGACCCUCGCCUCCGCUCUGGCCCUGGUCCCCUCCCUCCCCCGGCCGAGCGCGCC